AUGCCCGCUCAAUUGAUUGACGGCAAGGCCAUUGCCCAGCAGUUGCGGGAGAAGAUCCAUGGAGAAAUUGCUCUGUUUCAGAAGAAACAUGCUGAUUUCAGACCAAACUUGACUAUUAUUCAAGUCGGCGACAGACCUGACUCUUCCACCUACGUGAGAAUGAAGUUGAAGGCUGCUGAGGAGGCCAACAUCAUUUGCAACAUUGUCAAGUUGCCAGAGGAUGUGACAGAGUUCGAGCUCUUGCUGAAGAUUUCUGACUUGAACGCUGAUAUCUCUGUGGAUGGUAUCUUGGUGCAACUUCCGAUUCCAGCUCACUUGGACGAGACCAAGGUGACUAAAUCCGUGGCUGCUUCCAAGGAUGUCGACGGCUUCGGUCCUUACAACGUGGGUGAAUUGAGCAAGAAGGGAGGCAACCCUACCUUCUUGCCAUGCACUCCAAAGGGAAUCAUGCAAUUACUUGAACAGUCCAAGGUGGAUGUCACAGGCAAGAACGCCGUUGUGUUGGGCAGAUCUGAUAUUGUGGGCCGCCCAAUUGCCAACUUGUUGAUCAAAGCCAAUGCUAAUGUGACCGUUUUGCACUCGAAAACGUCUUCAGAGCUGUUGCAGGCUCAUUUGGCCAAUGCCGACAUUGUCGUUGUGGCCAUUGGCCAGGCCAACUUUGUUAAGGGCGACUGGCUCAAGGAAGGUAGUGUGGUGAUUGACGUUGGCGCCAACUUCGUCCCAGAUGAUACCAAGAAGUCUGGUUCUAGAAUGGUCGGUGACGUUGAGUUCGAGUCUGCUUCCCAAAAAGCUCUGUUGAUCACUCCAGUUCCUGGUGGAGUGGGUCCUAUGACUGUGGCCAACUUGUUGGAUAACGUUGUCAUUGCUGCUCAGGAGCAUUACAAGAAGAACAACCAGACUCCUCAAUUCACAAAUCCUCUCAAAUUGGAUUUGAAGAAGCCAGUUCCUUCAGACUUUGAGAUUUCGAGAGCCCAGAAGCCAAAAAGAAUCAACCAGGUUGCAGAGGAGGCUGGUAUCUUGGAUUCCGAAUUGGAGCCAUUUGGCUUCUACAAGGCCAAGGUCUCGUUGGACAUCUUGAAGCGUUUGGAGAACAAGGUCAACGGUAAGUACGUCUUGGUCACCGGUAUCACCCCAACUCCCUUGGGUGAGGGUAAGUCCACCACCACUGUCGGUUUAGCCCAAGCUCUCGGUGCCCACUUGGGUAAGAAUGUCUUUGCCAAUGUUAGACAGCCCUCAAUGGGUCCUACUUUUGGUAUCAAGGGCGGUGCCGCUGGCGGUGGUUACUCUCAGGUGAUUCCUAUGGAUGAAUUCAAUAUGCACGUUACUGGUGAUAUUCACGCCAUUUCCAUGGCAAACAACUUGUUGGCUGCUGCUAUCGACACCAGAAUCUUCCACGAGAACACCCAGAAGGAUGCUGCUUUGUACAGAAGAUUGGUACCGGCCAAGAAGGGUGAGAGAAAGUUUCCCGUCGGUUUUUUGAACAGAUUGAAGAAACUCGGUAUUGACAAGACUAACCCCGACGACUUGACCGAAGAGGAGAUUUCCAAAUUCGUUAGAUUGGACAUUGACCCAGACACCAUCACUUGGAGGAGAGUGGUUGACUGUAACGAUAGAUUUGUUAGAGGUAUCACUAUUGGUGAGGCUCCUACUGAGAAAGGUAUGACUAGAAAGACAGGUUUUGAUAUUUCUGUCGCUUCCGAAUGUAUGGCCAUCUUGGCCCUUUCGACCUCCUUGCAGGAUAUGAGAGAAAGAUUGGGUAAGAUGGUUGUUGCCGCCUCCAAGUCUGGCGAGCCCAUCACUUGUGAAGACAUUGGCUGUGCUGGUGCUUUGACUGCUUUGUUGAAGGACGCCAUCAAGCCAAACAUCAUGCAGACAUUGGAAGGUACUCCCGUGUUCGUCCACGCUGGCCCAUUCGCCAACAUCUCGAUCGGUGCUUCUUCUGUGCUUGCUGACAAGAUGGCGUUGAAAUUGGCCGGUACUUCUCCAGACUUGACUGAGGAGGAAAGAGCUGCUCAGGAAGGUUACGUUGUCACUGAGGCUGGUUUCGACUUCACCAUGGGUGGUGAGAGAUUUAUGAACAUCAAGUGCAGAGCUUCUGGCUUAGCUCCUGACGUUAUUGUCAUUGUUGCCACUGUAAGAGCCCUCAAAGUUCACGGUGGUGGUCCUGAGGUCAAGGCUGGAGCACCAUUGGCGCCAGAGUACACCCAGGAGAACGUUGAGUUGUUGAGAGCGGGCUGCUCCAACUUAGCCAAGCACAUUGAGAAUGCUAGACAGUAUGGCUUGCCUGUGGUUGUGGCAAUAAACAGAAUGUCGUCCGACUCUGAGAAGGAGCACGAGGUCAUUCGUGAAGAGGCUCUCAAGGCCGGUGCUGCUGAUGCAAUUGUGUCCAACCACUGGGAAGAAGGUGGACAAGGUGCUGUUGACUUGGCCAGAGGUGUCAUUGAGGCUGCUAACUCGAUCGACAAGGACUUCAAGUUUUUGUACGACACAGAGCCAUCAGUGGCCGAGAAGAUCGACACUAUUGCCAAGAAGAUGUACGGUGCUGGCGAGGUUGAGUUCUUGCCCGAGGCCCAGAAGAAGAUCGAUCUCUACACCAAGCAGGGUUUCGGCAACUUGCCAAUCUGUAUAGCCAAGACGCAAUACUCCUUGUCGCACGACGCUGCCUUGAAGGGGGUGCCAACGGGCUUCAAGUUCCCCGUUCGAGACGUGAGAGCGUCCGUCGGAGCUGGCUACUUGUAUGCUUUGGCGGCCGAGAUUCAGACGAUCCCAGGAUUGCCCACCCACUGUGGGUUUAUGAAUGUGGAGGUGAAUGACGAAGGAGAGAUCGAGGGUUUGUUUUAA